GUUGAAUGCACUUCUACUAGCUGAGGCCCUACUCUGCGACGACGUUUCUGCAUUUUUGCCAGUUCACAGUUCCCUGCCUUUGUUGUCGCGCUGACUCAUGCUGUAGAUCAAUCAAAGGGCUGCAUGCAUAGCGGCGUCAGCCAGCACCUGGCCCGCAUGGGCGCUCUGCGAAGCAGCGCUGCACUCGGCGCUGGGUGUGUGGUGACCGCUCCUGCCGCAGCCGGUGCCGUGGGCCCCGGUGUCGGGCUGCUGGUGGAGGUCCUCCGUCUCGUGGCUGGUGCCAGAAGCUCAGAGGGCUCGAUAGCGGGGCUUGCUUCCGCGACACCUGCUGCGGACACAUCCAGCCUAUGCGCGCGAGGCAGUGCCGGCGGCUGCAGCGGCGGCCCAACGGCGGUGCCCAUGCCGCCGCCGCCGCCGGCCAUGACAGGCCCUGCACUGCUCAAUGCAUGCGCAACGGGGACCAGCACGCGCCUUCCAUCCCUUCGGCAGCUGGAGCCGCUGCCGCAAUUGCACCCGCUGGUGCCGAGGCUGGGCUCGGCCCUUGGAACCUGCGGCCGCAGCACUGCCAGCUGGCGGACUUUUGCGAGUGGCAGCGGGCGCAGUGGCGGCCGUGGCGGCGGCAGCCGCAGAAGCAGCAGCGACGGCAGCGGCCUGGGUGGCUUGUAUGCAGAGGCGGAUGUCAUUGUGGGACGGGGGCGCCGGCGCCGGGAUGACGAUGAUGAGGGGGGCAGGUGGGGUCGCGGCGGUGGCAGCGGCGGCGGCGGCAGCGGCGGCGAGGGGUGGCGGAGUCACGACCGGCCUCGCAGACGGGACAAUGCGGGCGGCCGGUAUGGCAGUGACGGUGCAGGCGCCGCAGGGGCUUGGAAUGAGCGGAUUGCAGGGCAGCCGUCUCAGUCCUCUGGGCGGGAUGGCUCGGCGCCUCGGUCUUCCAGCCGGCCGCAACGCGGCAGCAGCAACAGCGGCGGCAGCAGCAGCAGCGGCGGCAGCAACAGCGGCGGCAGCAGCAGCAACAGCGGCAGUGGCAGCGAGCACGCAGGGCGAAGCCCUGCCGGCGGCGGCGCCGCUGCCGGCAGCAGCAGGCCUCUGAACGCGUGGCAGUCGCGGCGGCGCGAGCUGCAGUCGCGGCAGCAGGACCUGUACCAGCAACUGCGGCAGGCGCACAGCUUCGCGCGGCUCCGGCAGCUGCUGCUGACUGCGCAGGCUCAGGAGCCGGAGCUGCUGGACGGCCAGUCGCUGUCCUGGGCGGUCAAGAGCUACGUGGACACAGUGCUGACUCAGGCGGCGCCGCAGGCUUCCGGCAGUAGCCGCAACAGCAGCAGCAGCAGUAGCGGCAGCGCUGCUGCCGGCAGUAGCAGGAGUAACGGCGAUGGGGGUGGCGGUGGUGGCGCUGUCGCGCCCCUGCAGGGGGAGCUGGAGGCUCAGCUGGCGGGACUGCUGUUGGAGGCGGCGCCGCGGCUCAAGCCCCGCGUGCUGACCUACACCCUCUACAACCUGUCGCGCGUGGGGCCGCGCUGUGCACUGCUGCGGCAGCCGGAAGGUGCAAGUAGCAGCAGCAGCAGCAGCACGAGCAGUGGCAGCAACGAUGCCGGCAGUGGCGCUAGCAAAGUUGGUGCUGCAGGCGACGGUUUGGCGGUGGCUGGCGGCGGCGGCGGUGCGGCGGCCGCGGGCGUGUCCGGCGCGCUGCUGGCGCGUGUACGGCAGCUCCUGCCCGUCAUGCGGCAGGAGGCGGUGGAUGCAGCCGCAGCAGCGGACGCCGCCGCCGCUGACGGCCUGAAUGACCUCGGCAGUAGCAGCAACAGCAGUAGCACCACCACCGCCGCCGCCUCCAGCGGCACUGGCAGUGGCAGCAGCCGGGGCGGCAGUAGCAGCCGCGACAGCGGCCGGGGCAGCCGCGGCGAAGACUCGGAGGGUGCGGCGUCGGUGGUGUGGGAGGCUUCGCUGCUGCUACACGCCCUGCGGCGGCUGGGUGUGGCGGACAUGGGCCUGUACCGGGACCUGACGGCAGUGCUGGCGCCGGGACUGCGCGGUGCAGGAGAUGGAGGGGGUGGUGCUGCUGCUGCGGGGGGUGCGAUUGGAGGAGGAAGAAGAGGAGCAGGAGGAAGUGGUGGAGAGCUGCUGAUGGGGGAGGUCCUGGUGGCGACCGUGCAUUCGCUGGCACAGUUGGGCAACCCCGACCCCGCCUUCAUGGCUAGGGCGCUGGCGGCGGCGGCGCGGCCCGAUGCCCUGGCCGCGCUGCGGGCGCCGCGCCCGGCGGCCGUGCUGCUUUACGCCGCAGCCAAGACAACCGGCGGCGAUGCCAUGACCAUGAAGCCGUUUGCGGACCGGCUGGAAGAGCUGUUGCUCCGGGAGGCGCAGAAGCGGCAGAAGCAACAGCAGGAACAGCCGGAACAGCGGGGGGCGGAGGCGGAGGCAGCAGGGCGCGGAAAGGCCAGUGACGGAGGCGGCAGGGCCAGCGGCUCACAGCAGCAGCAGGCCACAAACCAGCCCGCCGCCUUUGACGUCCUGCCGACACUGCAGGUGCUCGCGGCGGUGGGCUUUGACCGGCGCCAGCAGCAGCAGCAGGGCCAACUGCUGCUGGACUUGCUGCUGCAGCAGGCCCUGGCAUCACGGCAGCAGACGCCGGUGCCGGCGCGCCUCCACGCCGCGCACUGCUUUGAGCAGCUGGGCGUGAAGGCGCUGGAGGGCGCCGCCGGCCCCGCCGCGCCUGCUGCUGCUGCUGACGGCGGCAACCCCGGUAGCUGCAGCAGCAGCGGUGGCAGCAGCAGCAGCACCGGCAGUAGCGGCAGUAGUGCUGUGGGUGUGCUGGUGACGGAGGCGGAGGUGCUGCAGUUCCUCAGCCGGCCGCAGCUGACUGUGCGGGAGCUGCUGUCGAUCCUGCCGGGACUGGCGCGGCUGCAGCCGGGGGCGCAGCAGUCCCAGGCUGCAGCAGUAGCAGCUGCCGCGGCUGCAGCUGCUGGCAGUAGCAGUGACAAGCCCGGCGACAGCGACGUCGCCACAGCCGCCGCCCCCGCUGGCCCCACGCCCCAUCCCAUGCCUCAGGCGCUGGCGGCAACGCUGGCGCAGGUGGGCACGGCGGCGCCGCACAUGCGCCCCGGCGAGCUGGCGGCGGCGCUGUGGGGGUUGGUGUUGGCGGGCGUGCAGCCGCCGCCGGCCGCACUGGAGCGCGCCCAAGAGCUGUUUGUGCAGCACCAGCCGCAGCACCCGCAGCAGCACCCGCAGCAGCACCCGCAGCAGGAGCACACGCAGCUGGGCGGUGGCGCUGCAGAAGGUGGCCGCGGCGGAGGCGCGGCUGGCCUCCCCCGGGAUGUGCGGGACCUGUGCGGCUCUGUGGGGCGCGUGCUGCAGUGGCAGCCGGCGCUGGCAGGGCAGGUGCAGCUGCGGCCGGACUUUGUGGCGGCCUGUCGCGUGGCCGCGCGUGCCACCGUGGCUACGGCCAGCGGCAGCAGCAGCAGCAGCCAACACUAGAGGCCGCCGGCCUUGAGUGCUACUGUAGAGGAUUGGAGUGUCAGGCUGAUGGGGGCUCGCGAGCCACUGACGAGCUAGGGGCCGGCCCGGAGAUCGCUACCACCACUAAAGCUUCGGUUGAAGGCGCGUUGCUCGCGUGCGUAGUUGCAUGCGUGGCAUGACAAUAGUGGAGCAAGAGCUGAAACGGUGCGCCACCGUGUGCGUGUAUGACGGUGGAACCAGCGGCAUCGCAGUGUGGGGAUGUCUUCUGCGAGGCUCCGGGUCUGUGGUAACGUCGCAGCCGUGGUACGGCGCUGCAUGUGGCACUCGGUACGUCUGCCGAGGUGGUGCAUGGCGCCGCAGUUGUGUGUACAUGUGCAAAUGUUUACCACUGCGCGUGCGUGCUCAACGGUUGUAACAGUUACCUACC